AUGCCGCCUCGCAAACGUGCCUCCGACGACAGCGGGUGGACGCCCCCCGCCAAAGCCCUGCGUCUCACGUUUUCGCAGCCCUCACCUCCUUCGCAACCGUCCACUUCUUCACAGCCGUCAACUUCUUCGCAGCCGCCAAGCUAUUCGCAGCCCACAGCCGCCGAGCGAGAGGCAUUCCAGAAUCCUCCCCUGAGUCCUCCCGAGCAAGCUGAGCUUAUCGCCCUCACUCAGGCUGACGAUGAACCGCUCACUCAGACUGACGAUGAACAGCUGGAGCUCUACGGUGGCUUUGGUAGGUACACUCUGCCCCAUCAGUAUAAAAGGCCUACUAACACGCUUCCGCCAGCCUCAAAAAUUGUCGGUGUGAGAUACUACAAUGGUGUCGUGACGAUUGGCGAGGUCGUUGUUUCCAAGCGAGAGCCCUCCAACCAGUACGACGAAAAUGCCAUUCGCAUCGACAAUGUGUUUGGCAGGCAAGUCGGUCACAUUCCCCGCAAUGUCGCGUCCAAGCUUGCUCCAUACAUGGUACGUCUUCCCGGGCCCACGAGCCUGUCGAUAUCCCCUAACAAACUCGGGCCUAAAGAAUACUAUGAAUGCCCAGUCCAGAUCAACAUCUACGGGACGAGUCACCCCGCGCGUCGCCUUGCUUUGGAGGACCGUCUCAAGAAAGACAGGCUGCUCAAGGCCACCCAGUUGAAGACUACCCGGAAGCAGAAUGAGUUACAGCGUCAGGCUGCCGAGAAUGAGCUGCGCCGUCAAUAUGCGGAGAAUGAACGGCGUCCAUCUAUGGGUUUGAAGAGCGACAGGUCUGCCGUGGGAUUGCCCGUUCCGGCUCCGGCUCCGGCAUCGGAAACCACUCUAGAGGACCUCACCAAGGCCAGUCAGUCCGUGAAUGUUCGGCCAACUGGUGGAGGUUUUGUCCAGACGCUGGCCUUAAGCGAGGAGCAGCUCUCACAAAUGCCCCUAGCUGAGCAACCCAAGUCCAUCAAGGCCAAAUUGCUGCCAUAUCAGCUCCAAGGUCUUGCUUGGCUGACCGCGAAGGAAAACCCAACCUUCCCGCAACCUGGCUCCCCAGACUCGGUACAGCUUUGGAAACGCGAUGCCAAGGGUAACUACAACAAUCUUGGCACCAACAUCACCGUUGCAACGCCCCCUUCUCUUCUGUCAGGAGGAAUCCUGGCCGAUGAUAUGGGUUUAGGCAAGACUCUGCAAUUCAUCAGUCUGAUCAUGACUGGAGGGCCCGGAACCACGCUUAUUGCGGCGCCUGUGAGCGUAAUAAGCAACUGGGAGCAACAGAUUCAGCGCCAUGUCCACGAGAAGGACGCCCCUAAGGUUCUUAUUCAUCACGGCACGACCAGGCAGACCACUGCCAAGGCAUUAAAGGAGUACGGUGUUGUCAUUACAAGCUAUGGUACCUUGGCUAGCGAGGCUUCUGGCAAAGGACCGCUUUCUCAGAUUGAGUGGCGCCGGAUUGUUCUCGAUGAAGGUCACACCAUUCGCAACGCCAAGACCAAGGCUGCUUUGGCCGCUUGCCAGCUCAAGGCGCAGUCACGAUGGGUUCUGACGGGAACCCCCAUCAUCAACAACAUCCGAGAUCUGCACUCUCUGCUUAGAUUCCUCCGCAUCACUGGUGGUAUCGAGCAACCAGAAGUGUUCAACAUGGUGAUUGGUAGACCUAUAGCGCUUAAGCAGCGUCGCGCCGUGUCUCUUCUUCAGCACCUUAUGAACGAUCUUUGUCUCCGUCGUCUCAAGGACAUGAAGUUUGUGGACCUCAAGCUUCCGGCCAAGACCGAAUACAUCCACCGUAUCACCUUCUGGGAGGAUGAGAAGAAGAAAUAUGACGCUUUGCUUUCUGAAGCGCAGGGCGCGCUGAGGGAUUUCCAGAGCCGCAAGAAAGGGCGUGGUGCCGAGAAGAAUAGAUUCCAGAGUGUGCUUGAGAGACUUUUGCGUCUUCGCCAAACGUGUGUGUUCUCGUCUGUUUGUAUUGUGACUUUCGCACUAACGUGCCACAGCUGCAAUCACUGGACACUGUGCAAGGAUCGCAUCACCGACCUUCUUCAGCUCCUCGAAGACAACGAUGUCGUGCCACUCAACGCCAAGAACCGCGCCCUUUUGCAGCAGGCCCUCCAAUUGUUCAUAGAAAGCCAAGAGGAGUGUCCUGUUUGCUUCGAGGUCAUGAAGAGCCCGGUCAUCACUCACUGCAAGCAUGCUUUCUGUCGGCCUUGCAUUUCCAAGGUGAUUGAAAUCCAGGGCAAGUGCCCUAUGUGUCGGGCUAGCCUGUCCGAAGACAACUUGGUUGAGCCCGCACCUGAAAAGGGCAUCGAAGAAAUGGAGGUGGACAACCUCGACCGUGAGACCAAGAGCUCCAAAACCGAAGCCUUGCUCAAGAUUUUGCAAGCUACCCUGAAGAAGGAGGGGUCAAAAGUCAUCAUCUUCAGCCAGUGGACCUCCUUCCUCAAUGUCAUCCAGCGUCAGCUUGACGAGGCUGGGUACACCUACACUCGUAUUGACGGCAGCAUGAACGCCACCAAACGUGACGUGGCUAUCAAGGCUCUUGACGAGGACCCCAACACAAGGAUCAUGCUGGCUAGUUUGGCGGUCUGCAGUGUGGGAUUGAACUUGGUGUCUGCUGAUACUGUCGUUUUGGCAGAUAGCUGGUGGGCGCCUGCGAUUGAGGAUCAGGCGGUGGAUCGUGUGCAUCGGUUGGGGCAGACGCGGGAGACGACGGUGUGGAGGUUGGUGAUGGAGGGGACGGUGGAGGAGAGGGUGCUGGACAUCCAGGCGGAGAAGAGGGAGUUGGUGGGGAAGGCGUUCCAGGAAAGGGAGAAGAAGGAGGAGAAGAGGAAGGAGACGAGGAUGGCGGACGUGAUGAAGUUGCUUUCUUGA